AUGAAUCGUUCGCGGCAGAAACGCAUCUUUCUUCGUCUCCGGGUUCCUCACGGUAGCCCUGCUACCUACCGGAAAAGAAUCAUCCAGCAACGGCGGGAAGCCGACGCCCAGAGAAAGAGACGGGAGGACGAAAAGAAGAAACGGGAAGACGAGGAGAAGAAGAAACUGGAAGAUGAGAUCAAGAAACAGGAGGCCGAUGUCCGCAUGGCCCCGGAAUUUCUUGAGAAAUUCAACAGGGAGAAUCACUUUGGCCGAAUCCCGCCGGACCCUAGCGUCUUGCCAGCUGAAUUUCUCUGUAUCCAUUGCAAGAAGGUUGUUAAGCGAGAGGAGAACGUCAAUCCCUGGGUCUGCUAG